CCCCUGUCCCCAUCCCCAUGUCCCUGUCCCCUGUCCUUGUCCCCUGUCCCCUCACGGACGGCCCAUCACAGCCAUUCCCACCCCAGCCCAUCCCGGGCCCACCCAGAGCCUGAGGGGAAGGCGCCGGUCCCAGGGUCCCCGUUGUUUGUCCUCGUGGGCAGGAGGGACCGGGAAGAGGGAUCAAUGCCCUAGGAUAUGGAUCCCAGGCACCCCAAGCUGUGCCGGGACACCCCCCGAGCUGGCCCCGCCGCGCCCAGCCCCUCAGGGCGCCCUGAGGCGCUGCCCCUCGGCGGGAGGAGAGCUCCUCCACAGAGCUGAACGCCGCGAUGGCGAGCAACGCGCAAAAAUCUGAUGAGAGUGCGAGCAAACGUCAGAGGAUGGAGAAUGAAGCUUCAGAAAAUCCUCAGUUGUCCUUCCUUGACAAAACAGAUUUGGCUCUUUCUGAGGACUCGCGGUCCCUUUGCAACACUGAACCACUGGAAAAGGUUUUAAAUGAGAUGAACAAAGAAAUCAUGACCUUGUUAUCAAAAUAUGCUAACAUUAUAAGUGAGGCAGCAGAGAUGGAGACUUCUUAUGUCCAGGAACUGGAUGGAAUCUUGACAGAAGCGAGGGACAUAGAAGACGAGUUAAACCAGAAAAGGGAGAGUCUGAAACAGAGAUUCACUGUCAUGGCAAACGCCCUGCAAGGAUAAAUGGAGCUUGUUCAUCUGCAGAAGUGCAGGGCCAAACUCAGUAUGUUCUGUGUAUUCAAACAAACUGUCAUGAGUGUUAUGGUGUCUGGGCCUUA